AGUGUAAAUUUAGCGAGCGAGCGCGAAAGUUGAAAUGAGUCCCAAUACAACAAACUCCACAGUCGAUUUGGUCUUGCGCGACACACAAUCCACAGACACCAUCAAUUGUGCCGCGCUCGUGGAAGACAAGAUAGGAUGGCAGUUCUGGAAGAGGAGACGCUAUCUCCUGGUUUUCCUCAUUUCCUUCGGCUUCUUCAACGCCUACGCCAUGCGCGUGAACCUCAGCGUGGCCAUCGUGGCGAUGACUGAGGUGAGAACCACCACGCUGGACAAUGGCACAGUCGUGCAGGAGCAGGACUUCGCCUGGGACUCGAAGCAGCAAGGACUGGUGCUCAGCUCCUUCUACUACGGCUACAUCUGGACGCAGAUCCUGGGCGGCGUUCUGGCGUCAAAGUUCGGAGGCCAUCAUGUUUUGGGAUUUGGAAUAGGCGCCACUGCAAUUCUCACACUCUUGACGCCAAUCGCGACAAACAUCAGCAUCACAGGAUUGGUUGUUGUGCGAAUUCUGGAAGGAUUCUUCGAGGGAAUUACUUAUCCUGCUGUCCAGUCGCUCCUGUCGCGCUGGGCUCCCAUUUACGAGCGCUCUCGGAUGUCCUCCAUUGGCUACAUUGGGAACUACGUCGGAGUCUUCAUCUCUCUGCCGGUUUCCGGCUUCCUCACCGUGCAAUUCGGCUGGGAGAGUGUCUUCUACUUCUUCGGGGCGAUCGGGUGCGUGUGGCUCGUGAUGUGGACAGCCAUCGUGAAGGCUGGCCCAGAGCUGGAUCGAUACAUUUCGGAGCAGGAGAAGAACUACAUUCAGCAGAGCAUCGGCGAAGUGGUGAGCGAGAAGGAACGCAUGAACAUCCCUUGGAAAGCUCUCUUCACCUCCUCAGCCGUUUGGGCAAUUGUGGCGUCCAACUGUGGAGAAACUUGGGGCACUUAUACUCUUCUCACGCAGCUUCCGACAUUCCUCAAGGAUGUCAUGAACUUCAAUGUUGGCGCCACAGGAUUUCUCUCGGCAGUUCCUUAUCUGGCCAUGAGUUGCACGCUGAUUUUCUCGGGAUUCCUCGCGGAUAAGCUUCAGGAGAGGAAAAUCCUGACAACUCUGCAAGUUCGGCGAUACUUCAAUUGCUCAGCUUACAUUCUCGAGAUGAUCUUCAUCCUCCUCACAGCCCAUAUGCAAGAUCCUGUCGCUUGCAUGGCGUGCGUGACCAUCGCUGUGGGCUUCAACGCCUUUGCACUCUCAGGAUUCCCUGUGAAUCCGCUCGAUUUGGCUCCGAAUUACGCCUCAAUUAUCUGGGGAUUCUCCAACACGAUCUCCACCAUUCCGGGCAUCCUCAGUCCCCUGAUCGGGGGCUUCAUCGUGACGGACAAGAGUCGCGAGCAAUGGCAGAUUGUCUUCUACAUUGCCGCGGCGGUUUAUCUGAUAUGUAGUCUCAUUUACUGGUUCUUCGCCAAGGCGGAACUUCAGCCAUGGGCGCAGAGAAACACUCCUCAGACUCCCCAGAAGAUCACCGAGAAACCGCCACAGCCCGAACAUCAAAUGAGAUUCUGA